GAAACACCACCUGGCGCAUUGGCAGCAGCGCUUGGAGUGCGAUGGAGUCGCUGCCCGAAGCGAGCCCACCGUCGUGGCGGCUCGAGAAGCGCAAGUCCAAGUACGCGCAGGCGCGCGAGGUGCUCGAGGCAACCUUCUCGUCCACAGGCGUCGAGAGUGCCGUCCGGUCGCUGGAAGGGCUGUCCUUUCUGAGCUGGGACGAGUUCCAUGCGUACCUCGACGCCUACGCCCGCGAGACGCACCAGGCGUAUAUCUCGCGCGAUACGAAGCUCACAGCGCGCUACAACAACGAGCAAGUCAAGCGCCGCGUCAAGAACUUCACGCCCGUGCCACCCGAGUUCAAGCAUGCUCGCGUCCGCUACGACUGCAAGCACUCGCACUCGAACAUGUCCAAGAACAAGAGCUUGCUCAAGGAAACGCGCGAUGUCGACGCGGCCAAGCGAAAGCUGCGAGAUGGCGCGUUCUACUCGGCCUGCCCCGUCAAGAUGCACGUUCAAGUGCACCGGAACGAGGCCACGCACGGCGAGUGGCGCGUCCUCAUCACGUCGCACAUGAAUGUGCACAACCACGACGUGUCGGAGGACGUGCAGGCGCCGGUCGUCCAUGGUCCGGUCCGCCUCGAUGUGCCACGUAUGCUGCCACUCAAGCCCGACGCCGCCAAGCGCCAUGAAGCCAUGGACGAACUCUUGGGCUUCUUCGCGACCUACCAAGCCGCAAGAGAGGACCCGGACGCGUUCCAGCGGCGCUACUGCGACCUCCACACCUACAUUUACCAGUCGCUGUGCGAAGACGCACCCAACGACCCGAUGGACCCGGCGUUGCAGCUCUUUCAGAAGCUCCCGCGGCCCCACGUGCGCAAGGACAAACGACCCAAGUACACGCCCCCAACCUUUGAGAUUUUGUAACAACUAUAGUAGCUAUUCGUUUAAGCUAUACCAUAGUAUACGCUUAGUAUGUUUUUUGCUUAG